CCCCCCUAGGCGGUGGCGGGGCCAGUGGGCGGGGGCCGGGCGGAGCGGGGCGCACGGCUCGGCACGGCUCGGCACGGCACGGCUCGGCUCCGCUCUCCCGCCAUGGCAUCCAAGUGCCCCAAGUGCGACAAGACCGUGUACUUCGCGGAGAAGGUGUCCUCCCUGGGCAAGGACUGGCACAAGUUCUGCCUGAAGUGUGAGCGCUGCAACAAGACCCUGACCCCGGGCGGGCAUGCCGAGCACGAUGGGAAGCCCUUCUGCCACAAGCCCUGCUAUGCCACGCUGUUUGGCCCCAAAGGGGUGAACAUCGGCGGCGCCGGGUCCUACAUCUACGAGAAGCCGCAGAUCGAGGGGCAGACCGCUCCGGGGCCCAUCGAGCACCCGGUGAAGGUGGAGGAGAGGAAGGUGAACGCCGCACCUCCCAAGGGACCCAGCAAAGCCUCCAGUGUCACCACCUUCACUGGGGAGCCCAACAUGUGCCCGCGCUGCGGCAAGAGAGUCUACUUUGCCGAGAAGGUGACUUCGCUGGGGAAGGACUGGCACCGUCCCUGCCUACGCUGCGAGCGCUGCAGCAAGACGCUGACCCCGGGGGGCCAUGCCGAGCACGAUGGACAGCCGUACUGCCACAAGCCCUGCUACGGGAUCCUCUUCGGGCCAAAGGGCGUCAACACCGGAGCUGUGGGAAGCUACAUUUACGACAAAGACCCUGAGGCGAAGAAUCAGCCCUAGACCGUGUCCCCCAGCCCGCCCGCCUGCUCUGUGCCCCCGUACUAACGUCCUGCUCGCAGCCAGAGCCGGAGCAGAGCCUCGCCAGGCUGGCCACGGAGCUGUGCUCUCCCUGCUGUCUCUACUCUGGGCAUCCCUGCCCUCCGGGUUAUAUAUCAUAGUCUCUAAUAUAAGCUUCAGUGUUUAAAGGCAAAGGUAGAAGGUGUCUCUGGUCGUUCCCAAUGCGCUCUGCCCUCCCCAGCCCUCCUGCUUGCCCCCGUCCCGAGCACGGGAGGCAGCAGGGCAGGUGCGGGGGUGUCACUUUGUGCAGGGGACAGCGGGUGGCACCCGAGGGGCUGAGAGCAGGGGGAAGGCGUCCCGCCGUGGGGGUGCUCCCCGCUGCCCCCCGCACCGAGGGCGAUGGAGUUGGGCAGGCGUCCCGUGGCGCCUGGGGACAGGGGCUGGUGGCCAGAGCGCCCGGUCCGGUUCCUAGUCAGCCACUGGGGAUGUGGGGGUCCCCUGAGGGCUCUGGCACUGCUGUGGUUUAACCGGCAGGCAGCUAAAACAACCGCGCAGCCCUUUGCUCACUCCCUGCCGCUGGUGGGGUAGGGGAGAGAAUUGGAAAAAAAUAAAGGUAAAACUUGUGGCUUGAGAUAAAGACAGUUUAAUAGGACAGAAAAGGAAGAGAGUAAUAAUAAUGAUAACAUAAAAAGCAAGUGAUGCACAGCACAAAUGCUCACCCCCGCUAACCAACACCCAGCUAGUUCCUGAGCUGUGGGUGCAGCCCCAGCCAGCUUACUCCAAGUUAUAUAUGGAGUAUGAUGCCAUAUGGUAUGGAAUAUCCCUUUGGUCAGUUUGGGUCAGCUGUCCUGGCCGUGUCCCCUCCCAGCUUCUUGUGCACCCCCAAUCUCCUCCCUGGGGAGAAGCCGAAAAGUCCUUGACUUGGUGUAAACAUUGCCUAGCAACAACCAAAAUAUCAGUGUGUUAUCAAGAUUAUUCUCAUCCUAAACCCAAAACACAGCACUAUACCAGCUGCUAGGAACAAAAAUUAACUCUAUCCCAGCCGAAACCAGGACAGGCCCAUCUGGCAGCACUGCCCUUCUCCUGGCCCUUCCCGGGCUCCGUGCCCCGGCUCUCGCUCUCCGCCAUGCGCGUAGCCAACCCCAGCCGCCGUUGUGGUUGCAGGGGCUGGCACCUCCCCGCAUCCCCAUCCUUGCACCCCCAGGGCAUCCCUGUACGUGCACCUGGGCACAUGCCUGACCUGCUCUGCCGGCUGGUUUGGGUUGGUGCCCCCUCUCCCGCCUGGCUCCCCAUGAUGGCAGAGCCCGUGCUGGGGGGGGGGGCACCCGGCAGCUGCUGCCCUGGGGGAGUGGGCUGCUCCCCACGUUGGGAGGGCAGAGUGCAUUGGGCUGGCAGCUCGGUGGCGGGGGAUGCCCGCCGGCUUCCCAGAGCCAGAGGUUUGUUAUUGUUGUUGUUUAUUUAUAAGCAGUUGUAAAUGUGCCCCUCGCUUUGGAGAAUGACACGUGUCCCCCAGCCUCACCCAUUCCCCCCCACACACACCCAGCCCUGCGGCUGCCCAGGAGGCUGCAGAGGGGGUCAAUGCAGGGGACCCACCGGGGCAGCGAGCCCUGGGGUGCCAGCACCCCGCUCUCUCCAGGCUCCCUGCACUGCCACGGGGCUGACUUUUGUUAUUUGCUGACAAUAAAGGUUUUGAGAGA